GGAGCAUCGACUUCACGACCAUCUCACGACUACGACCAUGACCGACCAGCACAGGCUCGCUACCCCUUCGACGUCCGCGUCUCCCACGAUUCACGAAGAGCCCGGAGUUACUAGCCCGGUCGACAUCGAAGACACCGACGCGAAUGUGGCUGACAAGCCACAGAACGAGAAGACGAAAGUGGCACCCCCAAGCGAGGACGCUUCAGAAGACGACGUCUUGAUCGUCAACUGGGAGGGUCCGGAUGAUCCUGAAAACCCGAAGAACUGGAGUUUUGGGCGAAAAUGGGCAGCGACUACCAUCGUCUCCGCUUUCACGUUCAUCAGCCCCGUUUCCUCCUCCAUGAUGGCCCCCGCAAGCGACCAGAUCGCUCAACAGUUCGGGAUCACGAACUCGGCGGUAAUAGCCCUGCUCACGUCUAUCUUCGUGGCUGCAUAUGCCUUUGGUCCACUCUUUCUGGGACCGAUGAGCGAGUUGUAUGGUCGUUCCCGAGUCCUUCAAUUAGCCAAUCUCUGGUAUUUGGCGUGGAAUUUAGGUUGCGCGUUCGCCCAGAACACAGGGCAGCUUAUUGCCUUCCGGUUCCUCGCUGGCCUCGGCGGGAGUGCGCCACUGUCUAUCGGUGGAGGUCUGAUAGGCGACGUGUGGAAAGCCGAAGAAAGAGGACAAGCCAUUGCCGUCUACUCGCUGGCGCCCCUACUCGGCCCAGUCAUUGGCCCCACAUGCGGUGCCUGGAUCGCGCAGAGAUCGACAUGGCGAUGGGUCUUCUGGUCCACCACCAUCGUGGACGCGUUCAUCCAGGUGCUCGGCCUCUUCUUCCUCCAAGAAACUUUCGCACCCGUCCUUCUUGAGCGCAAAGCAAACAAAAUUAGGAAGAGCAUGGACCCCGAGAAGGCCAAUGUGCGAGAGGUUCGCACCGUCUUCGAUAACACAGACCGCCAUUGGAAGAAAAUCGUGGCGAAGGCGCUCGUGCGCCCUUUCGCGCUUUUCGCUCGCGAGCCCAUCGUUCAGCUUCUCGGAAUUUACAUGGCUUUCAUCUAUGGAACGCUCUACUUGUUCCUCACUACGAUAGACUCUAUCUUCGAGGGUAUUUACCACCAACCCGUCGGUAUCGCCGGCCUGCACUACCUCGCGCUCGGUAUUGGGCUCUCAGGGGCGUCACAGAUCAACGCGCGGUUGAUGGACAGGAUAUACGUGUACUACACGAAGAAGAACGGUAGUGGUGGCAAGCCCGAGUACCGAUUGCCCUCGAUGAUUCCAGGGACAAUUCUGCUGCCCAUCGGACUGCUCAUCACUGGGUGGACUGCAAGGGCGGACGUGCACUGGAUCGCGCCGGACAUUGGGAUCGCGCUCGUUGGUGCGGGUACUAUUCUCAACUUCCAGUCCAUCCAGACGUACGUCAUCGAUGCGUUCACGCUCCACGCUGCGUCAGCUUUGGCGGCGGUGACGUUCCUGCGUUCGCUGGCCGGUUUCGGCUUCCCGCUGUUCGCGCCGGCGAUGUACAACGCCCUCGGCUACGGCAAGGGCGACACCAUCCUUGCAUGCUUUGCGAUUGCUGUCGGUAUUCCUGCACCGUUCCUCCUCUGGACGUAUGGCGAGCGCAUCCGCAACGCGUCCAAAUAUGCGAAGCGAACUUAACGCGCUCGCAACGUCAUUUGCGCCUCACGAUCCACCUACGACUUAUCAUAGACUUGAUUCGAUCCGCGGACUUAGACAGGACGGGCCACACAAACCAUCACGCAUCUAUCCUAUCCAACACGCGCUACCAUUGCGCUUAAUCUCGCUCCCUCGGGCAUGCCGUCGAGACCCGGCUCCCCUACGCUCGACUUCCUAGCCGCGUCCCUGCUGCGUGGUAUCGGGCGCCAGCACGUGCUCUCGACCCUCCCUAGACGAGCGGUUCUAUGUCGCGCACAUCGCGCGGAGAAAAUCCUGCGUCCGCCGCUUUCGCUGGCUAUCUUGGCCAAGAUCCUCUGUCGCAUGUUGUGGUACUCGUACUGUUGGGUAUCGGUACUGUUGGGACUUGGAAAGGGCGCGGCUGCAUGAAUGGCCGUGCAUGGACGAUCAGUGUAUCACUGCUAUCUAGCUUAGCUAUUCUGCAUUGCUCUCGAGAUGU